UGCUUGAAUAGAUAUAAAUCCAUUCCCUUGAAUACACGCGCGGCGCGAAUUCCGCAUGAGGUGUUUGACACCAAAGACCGUUCUGCUCAUACCAUCCAAGCUUGCAAUACACCGACAAAACAUGACUUUGGUGGCUAUUUGUUGCUAGGCAUGGCUUCUCUUUAAAGCAAAGCGCCGGUGUCUUCUCGUUACACCCGAGACGAGCCGACCAGAAUGCACUGAGAAGAGAUGUCCGGUCUUGAUUAUGGCAACCCGGAAAGCUUCAAAAGGAUGCUACAACUGCAUGAAAAGACGGAUCGUGUGUGACAAGAGAGAACCAAACUGUGCAAAAUGUCAGAAAAAAGGUCUCCAAUGCCCAGGGAUGGGAAUACGAUAUCGAUUCAAUGAAGGACUGGCUGCUCGUGGGAAGUUGAAAGGUAAAACGUUCAACUUGCAGUCUCCGGAUAUACCGACAGAAACCACAACGUCAAGAACCGCCGUGCCACUGCACCUCAAAUGGGUGGCUUGUGGAGGUGACAAUGUGACUGAAAAGCAAUCAAAUUCGCAAGUACGCUGCGAUGAUUCUACGGGCCAGGAAAACUCUUUGGAUGAAGUCUCCAGCUCCGGAACUGCGGAACUGUCUGGAACAGAGGGCUAUUCCAAUUGCAAUGCCUCGGCGGGGGACGUGUUUCAAUUCCUACCACUGGUUCCGUGCGUUGAACAAUUGGAUGCCAAGACACGAUUUCUUUUCAAUCAUUUUGCUGAUUACGUCUCUCCCGUGAUGAUCUUAACGGAUGGUAUCACAAAUGGCUAUCGUUACCAAAUUCUCCCGCUAGCAGUUGAAGAUGCGAUGGUUCAGAGAGCUGUAUGCGUUGCAGCAGCUUUUCAUCUCUCAAUUGAACAACCACAACUGCGACUACCCGCGGAGGCCGGACGAGCGGCGAUCAUAUCCAAAUUGAAAACAAAAGCUUUGAUCGGAGAGGUCGUUUCGCUCAGCACGUGGGCCACGCUUAUUCUGGUGUUCGUUGGAGAGCUUAUCGUUGGAAGCAACGAUAUCUUGACUGCUCACAAGAUGCUAACAAGUUUUAUGAAACUACGCGGCAGUACAGCUGACGGUUCGGGCCUUGCUUCGUUCUGUCAGCAACAAACGGAUAUCAUCAAUUUCUUCACAAUGCCGGCAAUUAGUGAGACGGAUGGUGUGGAGCAGCUCCUGGCUACUUCCUCCCCUGAAACUGGGGAUCUUGAAUGGCCACAACCACCGAUUUUUUCUCGGAAGUCUUACAGUGAAGCGUACCGACAGUCUUCUGCGAUCUAUCUGCUCCGUGCGCAGUCAGAAUUUAUCAACCUGGACGACCCCAUCGCCAUAAAGCUUGUGGCUCGACUGAAAGACUUACUCAUUGACGUGGACCCCUCUUCUCCUGGCGCCCAUACGCUGGUGUGGCCAUAUUGGGUCGCUGCGUGCGAGGCUCUCCUCGAAGAACAUAGGUUGUUCUUCUAUCAACGAUUGCUGCACAUCUGGGAAACUACUCGAUAUAGAAAUGUGAAAAUCGCAAUCGAUGCUCUCGAGAGUAUAUGGGAACGAAGAGGCGAAGUCAGAUGGACAGCCAUGCUCCCAGACAUUGCGAUGGUGAUCAUGUGAAUAGCUGGGGUUGGAGGAGGAUUUUUCAUGACUACCGAUCGACUGUUGAAGUUUGCGUUUUCAAAGUUCCUCUCAUUCUUGAUUUAAAUCAGGACGGUUCAUACUCGCUAAGAAGCAAAUACCAUAUUUGACAUGUACAGCACAGCGACACGUGACGGCUGACGCCUUUUCAAUACCAAAACAUGAUGUGCU